AUGAAAGUCCGCUCGUCUGUGUUUGCCUCGUUCAUUUUAAUAUGUGAAGUGUUUGGUGUUGCCCUGUUCCUGCGGGGGUUUUUCCCUGUUCCUCUGAAGUCUUCCGUCUCAUCCAAGAACAAGCUGUCAGACCUGCCAGCCGAGCCGCUGACAGGGAGCUCUCCCAACUCCUCUCGCCUCCCUCAGCCCCUGUUUAAGAGGGUGGUCAUCAUGUUAGUGGACGCCCUCAGAGAGGACUUUGUGUUUGGAGCAAGUGGUCGCAUGUAUAUGCCCUACACCAGACACCUGGUGGAGAGAGGCUCCUCGCACAGCUUCGUGGCCAAGGCCAGACCUCCCACAGUCACCAUGCCCAGGAUCAAGGCUCUAACCACUGGCAGCAUCCCAGGCUUCAUUGAUGUGGUAAUGAACCUGAAUUCUCCUGCACUGCUGGAAGACAACCUCAUCUGGCAGGCCAAGACAGCAGGGAAGAGGAUGGUCUUCUACGGAGAUGACACCUGGGUGCGCCUCUUCCCCAAGCACUUCAUGGAGUACGAUGGCACGACCUCCUUCUUUGUAUCGGACUACACCGAGGUUGACAACAAUGUGACCCGUCACUUGGAUAGCACCCUGAAAAGAGACGACUGGGACAUUUUGAUCCUCCACUACCUCGGCCUCGACCACAUCGGUCAUAUCAGUGGACCCCACAGUUCUCUCAUCCAGCCCAAACUGCUGGAGAUGGAUGACAUCCUGAAGAAGAUUCACAGUGCCCUUGUUUCAAAGGAGGCAGAGGGAUCCUUGCCCUACCUGCUGGUGCUGUGUGGAGACCACGGCAUGUCAGAGACCGGCAGCCACGGAGGCUCCUCGGAGCCAGAAGUUAAUACGCCUCUGGUGCUCAUCAGUCCGGCCUUCAAAAGAAAAGUGGGAAUGGAGAAGCCUGGAGUGGUGGAGCAGGUUGACCUGACUCCAACCCUGGCCCUGGGACUCGGCCUGCCCAUAUCUCAGAACAGCGUGGGCCGCGUCAUCCCGGGUGUCUUGGAAGAAACCUCACUCCGAGACCAACUGCGCUUCCUGCAUCUCAAUGGCCACCAGCUCAGCUGCCUGCUCAAAGACAGCACGCCCGACUAUGAGAAAGAGGCAGGCUUUGAGCAGUUCCGUGUGGCAGAAAAGGCUCAUGGGAGCUGGAUGAAGCUCUUCCUGGAGGGCAACACCUCUGAAGUGCUCACCAACAUGGGCAACAAGGUGCUGAAGCAGUAUCUGGAGGCCCUGGCUUCCAUGAGCUCGGCCCUCAGCAAACAGCUGGGCAAGUACGACAUGUACUCCAUGAUCGCAGGCAUGGUGUUCGUGUUUCAGCUCCUGUUGGUCUUACUGCUGGCUAUGCCCGAAGCCCUGAGCGGUGACGCAGCAGUGGACCUUCCCGUCCUCUCAGCCCUGCUCUCCCUGCCUUUCUACCUCCUGUGCCUGCUGCUCGCCUCGGUGCACGUCUUGGUGUGCACAUCUGCCGAGAGCUCCUGUUACUUCUGCAGCCUCUCCUGGGGUCUCGUGUUUGCCGCUGUCGCCUUCUCCUCAGCAAUGUUUUGCGUUCUGGUCUCUAUGGCAACGCGGCGACUCCCCCUGGGACCAAUGAUUCACGGGAAGUCUCCGUUGAGGAGCAGCAGCAGUGAGUGGUCGCUGUCGGAGUUGGACGUGUUGCUGCUGACCGGCACAGUCGGACACACUCUCAGCUUGGCGGCCAGCAGCUUUGUAGAGGAAGAGCACCAAACCUGGUACUUCCUGCUCAACACCCUCUGCCUCGCCGUUUUCCAGGAUGUCUGCCGCAAGUACUUCAGAGAGCAGAGGGGCUCUGGAGAUGAAGAAGAGACUAUCCUCCCUUCCAAAGACUACCAUCCCUCUGCUCACCCCAAGGCAGAGAUUUACUCAGAGAAGUGGCUAGCGUUAGCCACGCCGCCCUUCACUCUGGUCUGCUGCCGACUGAUGCGCUCCCUCAACCAGACCGGGGUGCAGUGGGCUCAUGUUCCCGACAUGGGACAUUGGCUUAACAGCUCCGAACACAGGACUGUGCUCUCCCUGUUGGCUGCGUUCUGUCUGGUUCUUAUCUACCUCCUGGUUCAAAGACGGUGCUCGUGGGUUUCGAAGGUUGCCCUUGCCCUCGGACUUUUGGGCGUCUACAGCUACCGGGCGGCUGUCGGCAACGUCUUGUUUCCCUGGCAACACUCUGGUGGAACCACAUCCAAGGGAACAGUGGAGGCGCGCUUUGUUUACGUCUUCAUCUUGGGCAUCCUCUUCACGGGCACCAAAGACCUGUUGCGAUCCCAGAUCAUCACAGCAGAUGCCAAGUUAAAGAGCAGGGGAUUGUGGGAGAUCUACAGCGGCUUGGUCUUGUUGGUUACGCUGUUGUUCCGUGCUCACAACCUGCCGGUUCUCUGCUGCUGCCUGUUGAUCCAGACGCUCAUGGCUCAGUUCAUCUGGAAGAAGCUCCACUAUGACGCAGCCCAAACCACCAUCAUGCAUUACUGGUUCGGUCAGGCCUUCUUUUACUUUCAGGGCAAUUCCAACAACAUCGCCACCGUCGACAUUUCAGUCGGCUUCGUGGGACUGGAAAGUUACGUAGAAGCACCUGCCAUCUUCUUAACGGCCCUCAGCACGUACGCAGGGCCCCUGCUCUGGUCGUGUCACCUCGUCUGCUUCCUCAGCUCACAGAGAGACAGGAGCCCGGUUGCAGUCGGCCAUGGCUGCUACUGUUUGGCCCUGCUGAGGUCCGUGCCAGCUGCAGCCUACAUUGUGCUGGUAACUGUUCUGCGGUACCAUCUCUUCAUAUGGAGCGUCUUUUCACCCAAAUUACUGUACGAGUCCAUGCACCUGCUGCUUACUGCAGGAGUCUGCCUCUUCUUCAACACGAUGGAGCAGAGCCACAGUUCCAGUAAGUCUUAGGGGGGCAAAAAAGCCCAGAUCUUCCCUUAAGGCAAGUCAAAGGGUCAGGCGUAGUCUCUCAGUACUGUGUGUGAGACUUUCAGACUGAUACACACUCCUCUCACUCUGUAGUAUACCGAUCUGUUCACAAUGUGUCAACAGAUGCUUCACAAAGGGUCCUUCCUUUGGACUCUGUAGGUUUGGUUUGCAAAAAAAUACUUUGAGAAUGCACUUGCAAUGUAUUUUUCAGCAGUCUAUUUAAAUAUUUUAUUCUUUCCAAGAAUUUUUUUUUUGUGGCUGAAUAAAAGUGAAAUGACAAAGAAGUUUUUUGAAAGAGAUUUUUUUUUCUUUUUUAUCUAUAUACAUACUGUGUAUAUUACCUCAGGGACUGCUGGACGGUGAGCUACUUAGACAACAAUGCAGAGUUUAAUCUUUAAUGACUACAUGUAUAAUGUAUAAUUGGUACAUCAUGUGUUUAUGUUGAGCAGAGUGUAAACGUGAUUGUUGGGUGCUCACUGGGAUCAACUCUUUAGUUAACAGCUUAAUAAACACCUGCAUCCUC